GGAGUAAAUCAUCCGGUUUAGUUUGAAUGGAAAGGACCAUCUAUACUUAGUUUAUGCUUUUGAGAGUGCAACUGUGUGAUGGGUUUCAGGGCUCUUCGUUUUCUCAAUGUGAUCGGGGAAAGGCACUACAAGACCACUAAUAGAUACCAGGUUAGAACGGAUAACCUUCUGUCUGCGUUUAGACAAUGGAACCUGUUGCUGGCACGCAGUCGCACGGGUUAGAUAAUAGUGCAAAUACUACACUUCCACAACAGACGGCAGCAAAGGUUUUACAUAAUGAUCAAAUGAUGGAACUUGAGCUCCGCACAACUUGCAUAGAGGAGAUCAAACAGGAAGAACUAGAUCACCCUAUAUCUCACCAAACAGAGAAUACACAGAUCAUGUGUCCUGAGACUUCAAAAAGGCUUAUAAAAAAGGAAACGCCUCCAUCUGAGCACAUGGCUGAAGCAGAGGAAAACCGUUUUAAAUGCGCAGAAUGUGACAAAACCUUUGCACACAAGUAUGGUCUCCAACAACACCAAAAGCUUCAUACAGGGGAGAAUCUACACACCUGCCAAGAGUGCGGGAAAGAUUUCACACAAAAAGCCAAACUGAUAUCUCAUGAAAGGACCCACACAGGUGAGAAACCGUACGCAUGUCCAGAGUGCGGGAAACGGUUUAAACAGAAGUCAGCACUCAUAAGCCACCAAAGAGUUCAUGGUGAGGAGAGGCCUUUUAUGUGUACAGAGUGUGGGGAAGGUUUUCCAGUAAAGAGUCUUCUGAAAUCUCAUUUACAGACUCACAGAUUGGAUAAACCAUUUACUUGUACAGAGUGUGGGAAAAGUUUUCCACAAAAGUGUCAUCUCAAUUACCACAUGCGUAUUCACACAGGAGAAAAACCAUUCAGUUGUACAGAAUGUGGAAAAAGUUUUACACAAAGAAUUAGUCUGAUAAUUCAUGAGAGGACUCACACAGGGGAAAGACCAUUUACUUGUACAGAGUGCGGCAAAAGUUUUACACGAAAGAGUUAUCUCAAAUCUCACGAUUGUAUUCACUCAGGGGGAAAACAAUUUGUUUGUAUGGAGUGUGGUAAAAGCUUCACACAACGAAGUAAUCUCAUAUAUCAUCAAAGAGCUCAUAGAGGGGAGAAACCUUUCACUUGUACAGAGUGCGGCAAAAGUUUUACAAGAAAGAGUUAUCUUAAAUCUCAUGAGUGUAUUGAUACCGGGGGAAACCUAUUCAUUUGCAAUGAUUGUGGGAAAAGUUUUACACAAAUGAGUACUCUCCUGUAUCAUCAAAGAGCUCAUACAGGGGGGAAACCCUUUACAUGUACAAAGUGCGGUAAAGGCUAUACCCGAAAGACCAAUCUCAAAUCUCAUUUGUGCAUUGUGACCGAUAAAACCCAUACUGAAGUAUAAAGCGUAAGAUAAGUAUACAUUGUGUUCUGGGUCUCCUAACCCAACUAAUGAUUCCUACUGGGCUUAAGUUAUUUACAUGGACAUAGUGUGGAAAACCUUUAGAUAAAAUAUCUAUCUGCUAAACUAUCAUUAGAUCUAUAUGGGACAUUAACAUUUUAUAAACACACAGUAUGGGAAAAGCUUUAGACAACAUCAAACAUUGAGUGCUCCCAAUUAUUCUUUAUUGCGACAUCCUAAAUUGGACUCUCUUCUGCCCUCUCCUUACUCUAAUAGUCUUUUUCAUGUCCUGGUUACCCUCAAGCCUGGCACUGCCUAAACCCUGUUUAGAAAUACUGAACCCUUUUCUGUUUAACAUAAUUGUUAGACAGUUUAGUUUGAAUGGGUAAUCUGACCUACCUAUGAGUUUAUCUUGUGUAAAAGACCCAACCUACUGAAGAUCAAGUGUAUGCAACAAUAUAGAAUGUUAUGUUUGGGAGAAGCUUCAUUUGACGGGAGACAAGAAAAUAUAUGUGAUCUGAUAAUGACACAAAGAGGAUCUAUCAUGUGGAUCAGAUCAGCAUUUGGUCAUUUAAUUUCAUUGAGUUAAACCUUUCCAUACUAAGGGCUUGGGUGUCUUAAGUGUUAGACACAUUUAUGGUUUGGCAAUUUAGGUUGUCAUAUUUCCUUUAGAUAAUAUACAUAUAGAUUUAUUUUUUGCUCAGUUUAUUCUUUUUCUCCGUAGAAUACUGAUUGAAUUAAAGAUUCACUAAGAACUUGAUGGAAAGGAGCAUUUUAUUUGUAUCUUGUAUUUAUAGUUCAAGUGGUAAUGACUAUAACUAAAACUCUCUCCAGUUAGGUUGUACCUAAAUAUGUUGUUUAUUCGGGGGGUGUACAGGGUACGACCUUGCUUCUAUGUAUUUUCAGUAUAGAGAGAAAAUAGAACAUAGAUACAAAAUGUUAUAAUUUAGUACUUAACUAUAAAACCUCUAGUUAAGUAUUAGCAUCGUCUGUGUAUUAAGCCUCGCUGCUGUAUGUUUGCAGUAUAGGGAGAAACGAACAAUAAGAAACAUACAGUGAGUUUGGAAUAACAAAAAAGUAGUGGCUGCAGAAAACUUGCCAAACUAAUUUUAUAAUAUAUGUCAGGACCACAACCUAUCUAUUAUAUCAGGGAGCGCCUAAACCCAACCAAUAAUUCCAACCUGUCAUUUUUCUAGUAAAAACAAAAAGCUCAGCACCAGGUAUGUAAUCAGAUACUGCUGGGCGGAGACUUCUUAUGGGCGGCUAUUGCGGGUGGCCAGGCAACAUUAAGAUCCGCCAAAAUUUGCUACCACGAUUUUCACAUGCGUACAAUAAAGUAAUUGCACUCUACGUAUGUUUCAAAAGAAUGUGCGGAAUGCGAUUACAUAAAUACAAGCAUGUUUACAUCUUUAAGUAGCACAUUUCGAGAGAGAGGAAAAUUAGUCCUCACAUUCCCUCUUAAAGCGACCUUGUACAUGCACGCAUGAGCAAUAACGUGUUAGUAAAUUUCGACGGACAACUUUUUUUUUUUAUUAAUGUUUGUUUACAUAUAUUAAAACUUCUUAUCUGUUAAUACACAGUAGCAGGGCUCUUUUUAAAAAAAAUUGUUAAUUUUAAUGUUUUAAAAUAAGUUCUCCAUCAAAAUGUGUUAACCACAUAAUGUUACUGCGCAUGUGCACGUGUAGAUGGCCGUUUUUAUGAGGAAUGAGGAAAUUUCGAUGGAGAGGAAAAUUACUUGCCAACCAAAUGAUCUGCGCAUGGUUUGCAUUAGAUCAUCACAAUCCACACAUUUUGUUUUUUAAACAUAUGUAAAAUGCAGUGACGUAAUUGUGCGCAUGCGCAAAUCGCAGUAGCAAAUAUUUAACGGAGAAACAAAUCUUGACAGAACACCAGAUCAUGGAAAGGUCUGUAUUUCACGUGCAGAGACAAACUAUAGUCCUUGUGUGGAUUCCCAUAGCUCAAGUUAUUAGAGCGAUAGGUUUAGGAGAACAUGAGACAUGGUCUAUACAGGAGGUGUGAGGGACACAGGGGACUGAGCCCUUAUACAGAGGACUUGGCCAUACAAGCCUCUGUGCCCUUCCUGCUGUCGAGCUGAAUAACCUUAUUGUAGGAAGGAGAGUCACGUUAAACUGACCGCCCUAUGCAGGAAACAAGGACACUGAGGAGGGAGAGACUGAGGGUAUUGUAUUGUGUACUUGUAAAGCGCAGCUAAUCACCCGUAAGGGUCUCAAGGUGCUGCUCAUUUUAUCGACCUCGGAAGCAUGAAAGGCUGAGUGGACCUCACCGGGAUCGAACCUGCAACCCUUGGGUUGCCACAGAGCUCAGCCACAGUGCAUUAGUAUGCUGAGCUAUCUGCCUCUAUCUCACCCAUGGGGGUCUAUUUGGGAAAUCUCUCACUAGCCGUAUAGAAGAACACCCCACUGUGUUGCCCACUUGGCCACUGAAUUCCGACUUCUGACAGUAAGUGGCAACUUACCUCCAGUGUCUUGUUGCUACACAUUAUACAGUGUGAGCGAGUUUUUUUACUAGAAUGAAUCCAUAGAAUGCAGUAGAAUUGCAUAAUUAACAAAUGCAUAAUAAAAAGACAAUGAUUUAACACCUACUGUGAAUUUUAAAUAAGCAAUAAAAAAAAUUUCUGGCUAAUUUAAUUUUUCUUCCAUUUUCCAGCCCCCUGUAUCAUGUGACCGACAUCAGCCAAUCACAGACUAGUGUAUGUCUACCCUGUAGGCUUGUGCACAUGCUCAGUAGGAACUUGUUCCCAAAACAAGGUGUAUAAAAAAAACUGUGCAAAAUGUGAUGAUGGAAGUAAACUGGAAAGUGCCUUAAUACUGCUGCUCUUUCUGAAUCAUAAAAGGUUAUUUUCACUUAAGUGUCCCUUUAAGGAAAAGAGCUGUGUUGUUCAAAUCUGAUUUUUAAAGGGAUAAUAAAGUAAGAAAUAAAUGUUUGUGGUUCAGCCAGAGCUCACAAUUUAAAAAAACAACAACAAUUACUACAAUCUUUUUAUAUGCACACUUUCUGAUACACCCACUCCUACUGAGCAUGUGCAAGAGUUCAGUGUAUACUGUAUAUGUGUGUUAUGGUUGGCUGGUAGCUGUCACAUGAUACAGUUAUAUGCACACUGUCUGAUAUACCCGUUCCUACUGAGCAUGUGCAAGAGUUCAGUGUAUACUGUAUAUGUGUGUUAUGGUUGGCUGGUAGCUGUCACAUGAUACAAUUAUAUGCACACUGUCUGAUAUACCCGCUCCUACUGAGCAUGUGCAAGAGUUCAGUGUAUACUGUAUGUAUAUGUGUGUGUUAUGGUUGGCUGGUAGCUGUCACAUGAUACAGUUAUAUGCACACUGUCUGAUUCACCCGCUUCUACUGAGCAUGUGCAAGAGUUCAGUGUAUACUGUAUAUGUGUGUUAUGGUUGGCUGGUAGCUGUCACAUGAUACAAUUAUAUGCACACUGUCUGAUAUACCCGCUCCUACUGAGCAUGUGCAAGAGUUCAGUGUAUACUGUAUAUGUGUGUUAUGGUUGGCUGGUAGCUGUCACAUGAUACAGUUAUAUGCACACUGUCUGAUACACCCGCUCCUACUGAGCAUGUGCAAGAGUUCAGUGUAUACUGUAUGUAUAUGUGUGUUAUGGUUGGCAGGUAGCUGUCACAUGAUACAGUUAUAUGCACACUGUCUGAUGCACCCGCUCCUACUGAGCAUGUGCAAGAGUUCAGUGUAUACUGUAUGUAUAUGUGUGUUAUGGUUGGCUAGUAGCUGUCACAUGAUACAGUUAUAUGCACACUUUCUGAUACACCCGCUCCUACUGAGCAUGUGCAAGAGUUCAGUGUAUACUGUAUGUAUAUGUGUGUUAUGGUUGGCAGGUAGCUGUCACAUGAUACAGUUAUAUGCACACUGUCUGAUACACCCGCUCCUACUGAGCAUGUGCAAGAGUUCAGUGUAUACUGUAUGUAUAUGUGUGUUAUGGUUGGCAGGUAGCUGUCACAUGAUACAGUUAUAUGCACACUGUCUGAUACACCCGCUCCUACUGAGCAUGUGCAAGAGUUCAGUGUAUACUGUAUGUAUAUGUGUGUUAUGGUUGGCUGGUAGCUGUCACAUGAUAGUUAUAUGCACACUGUCUGAUGCACCCGCUCCUACUGAGCAUGUGCAAGAGUUCAGUGUAUACUGUAUGUAUAUGUGUGUUCUGGUUGGCUGGUAGCUGUCACAUGAUACAGUGGGCAGGAUUUUGAAAAAUGUCAUAAAUCUACUCCUCUGAAAUGAAAACUAUGGGCCAGAUUCUAAUACGCAGCAUGGGGACAAACCAGAUUAUUAUAUUGUAUGAUAAGGUGACGCCUAAUGAGAUACACAGUGCCCACGGUACAAAUCUGCCUGUAAAACAGUCCCAGAGGGGCCUUGUCAUUCUUUUAGCAUCUCACCAGAACGGAGCUUAGGCCCUAAGUGUUAUUAAAUUCUCUUUUUAUUCUGUUAUUUUCAGUGCUUUACACUGGACAGAUAGCUCAGCAUGCUAAUGCACUGUGGCUGAGCUCUGUAGCAACCCAAGGGUUGCAGGUUUGAUCCCCGGCGAGGUCCACUCAGCCUUUCAUCCUUCCGAGGUCGAUAAAAUGAGCAGCGCCUUGAGACCCUUACGGGUGAUUAGCCGUGCUUUACAAGUACCCAGUACAUACAUAUAUACAUACAAAGGGACAGUCUACUUGAAAAUGAUUAUUUAAAAAAAAGAUAGAUAAUCCCUUUAUUGCCCAGUCCCCUGCACAACCAACACGGUUAUAUUAAUAAUAUACUUUUUCCCUCUAAUGUUGGCUUUUUCUAAGACUUGAGGCUUUUAGACUUUUCAGAGGCCUGAAAGAGGCUGAUCACAUGAAAAAAGCGCACGUUGUCUAUUCCCGGUAGAGAGUCCAUCAUAGAAUGAAUAAAUUAGUUUAUGAAGAAGAGAUUUUCCCAACAUUAGGAGGAUUUGUUUAUGUAAUGAUCUUAAAGAGAUAUGAAACAGUGAUCCUUUUGUACAAAUAUGUUAAAUCAAAGUAAACAGAAAAUAAACUGAUUUAAAAUAGCAGUGUUAAAAUAGCAAACAACUUUAUUUCUUCCAAAUGAAGCUCUUAGAAAUUAUCAGUGUAGUUACUGCCUAUAGUGAGAUAAGGGAGAUAGCACUCUCAAACUUAAGGUCUACUGUCACAUGAUUUCUGCCGCAAAAGUCCUUUACUGAACAUGGGCAAGAAGCUAACUGAAGCUAGUGCAGGUGCCUCCUUGCAACAACUUGAAGGGUAAGCCCCUCCUUUGCCCUUGUGGUCCUGUGAAAGUAAUUAAUAGACUCUGCACAAGGUUGAGGGGGUAAAGAAAAGGUAAAAUCUCUUUAAAAUGAUGAAUAACACAUAUUGCAAUAACCCCAAUAACCCACUGCUUAGUGCUUUUUUUAUUACAACGAUGAAACAGAAUUUUUUAUAUCCCUUUUAAUAACCUUGGUUAUAAGGAUUUUUUAUUUUUUUCUGCCAAAAUUAGAGCGUCCACAACUCCACCUCUUAGCUAAUAGCCAUGCUAGUCAUACGGCACUGUGCCAGGUGGCUAGCAUGACUGUUGGCUAAGAGGAUAGAAACAUCCCUUCAUUGGAAAAAAAGAUCUUUGCCGUGGGCAGCUGGAUGCGAUCAGAUUAGCAGCAAAGCCGAUGUAAAAGAUAGGUACUUAUAACACUUAAAUGAUGACUUAAAUGGACAGUCUACACCUUAGUCAUCUUAAAGUCUUACCUUAGAUUAAGUUGCAAAUCUCAUCCUGCGCACACACUCUGCUGAAUAGCAUUGACAGUCUGCUGACUCCAACUAGUGAGGCUUCUGUGAUUGGACCGCCAUAUGCAACCUGUAUCGUGAUGUCAUCAGUGGGCGGAGUUCGGUGGCCAUUUCAAAGUAGCUAGAAACUAUAUUCUUUUUAAAAUAACUUUUUUUUACCAUUACGUCUGCAUGAUAUAGGAAGGGGCGCAGGAGGGUAUUUGCAGCUUAUUCUAAGGUGUAAACUGUCCCUAAGUAGCCUUUAUUUAUAGCGAUGGUAAAACCUAGCAUUUAAACGCUAGAAUUUACCAUCACUUAAACUCCAAAUUCUUUUGCUUAUACACUGAUUUUAAUAUUAAUUAAGGUUAAGUCAUGGUUUAUUUACUGCAAAUGAUAUCUGUGCCCUGUGAUAUGGCUGCCUUAAUGCUGAGGACUGUGUUGAAUGUAUUAGUGAAGGGCGGUACGGGAUUUCUCAAGCCGUUCUCCCUACACUAACAAGUGCUCACGUAAAGAGAUGGGGGAUGGUAAUAAAUUCACCUGCACAUGCGCAGAAAUUCAUCUCACGUCACACAAAGAUAAGGUAUCGCAAUCCUGAUGUAGUUGCUAUUCACUGUUUAUCUGGGCAAGUGCAUAAUGACCUCCCUGUGGGACACAAUUUGUCAAAUUUUCACUGUAUGUAAAAAGUUGUUAUAUAAUAAAUAAUCAUACAAUUAUUGCCAUAUGUUUUAGCAAUAUUAUUAUCCCUUUUGUGAUGUUAUUUUCUUAAAUAAAAUUAUAUAUAUUUAUAUAUACAGU